GAGAUUCCUUGCAUUCAGGUACUCCCUCUCUUCACUGUAGGAGGUAUGCAACAACUCCCCAUCUCCCUCUUCAAAUGUUCCAUCAAGAUCAACAUCACCAAGUUCAACUAUCAAAUGUCCAUCAUCAGCAGCAUCAUCAUCAUUCUCAUCGAGGACAAGAAUGGGUCAGAUAUCUGCACUUGUCUCCAACGUACUGCUCGUCGCAGCCCAAUGAUCCCCUGCUGAUGACCGGAUCAGGCACAAGCAGCAACGACGAACUCGUCAGAGAAGCCGAGCAUGAAUCGAGCCUGCGGUGGACGAGGAAGACGGUGGCUUCAGAUGAACCUGCCGCAGGUAGACCAGGAAGAGUCUCACGAACUCCUCACCAUGACAGCUGUAGCAGCAGCUCACCUGGUGGUGUCAUCAGAUUCUGCUCGGACUGCAGCACUACGAAGACUCCCUUGUGGAGAAGCGGACCUCAGGGUCCCAAGUCUCUUUGUAAUGCCUGCGGGAUAAGGCGGAGGAAGGCGCGACGUGCCAUGGCGCCCGAAGCAGCAGCAGCAGCAGUAGGAAGUGAUGGAAGAAGAAUCCCGGCAGAUAGACCUACAAAAGCUCUCAAACAGAAGAAGAAGAAGAAGAAGAUUCGAUUCGACGACGAUAAGAGCUCAGCUUUCCAUCAGGUCUUCCCCCAGGAUGAAAAGGAUGCAGCCAUCUUGUUGAUGGCUCUCUCCUGUGGCCUCAUCCAUGGUUGAGUCCCCUCCUAUCUCCUGACACAGUAUCAAGGUGUAAUCUUCCAUCUGCUGCUUUAAUGUUCAUCUGUUAUCAAGUUGGGAAUAUCCAUUCUUCAGUACUCCAACCACUGGACUUGCAACUUCGAACACAAAAUUAUUGU